AUGCAAUUUGCAGACAAGGAGUUUGGAGAAUUCUUAUCCAGGCUGGGGAUCAAGCAAAAGUUCUCCUCGGUAGAGCACCCCCAUAGUAACGGUCAGGUAGAAGCAACAAAAAAUAUCAUCAUCAAGGGAUUGAAAAAGCGGCUUGACCAGAAAAAGGACUCUUGGACAGACGAGUUAGCGUCGAUCUUAUGGUCUUACAGAACAACGCCACAAUCCUCCACCGAGAAAACACUGUUCUGGCUUACCUACAGAGUCAAAGCGGUUAUUCCUGUAAAGAUCGGGGAGCCAAACCCGAGGCUUCUCUUUGGCGAUGGCCCAGAAGUAGUCGAGAAGGAUUUGAUCGAUGAGACAAGAGAGAUAGCCCACUUGACGGAAACCGCACUAAAACAGAGGAUAGCUUUGUGA